AUGCCUGCGGAGUGGUUGAGUGGGCAUUUGGACAGGAAGCAUGUCGGCAGAGAUGAGAGCAAUUACCCCGGCUCCGUUGAGGGACAGAAUGAGCUGCUCCAGUUCCUGAAGGCCAUUCGUCCAGAAUGGUCUUUCCCGAAGAAGAAUGGAAAAAGCAACGUUAGGAGUGUGAUGGACAAGUUGAAGGCAGUUGGUGUGACGAGCGUAUGGGAGCUCUUUAGGGCGGUGAUGCGGAACACCAUCAACGAGAACUUGGCCCAAGCUGGGUACUCCGUGUUGAGUAAGGAAACACUUGACCGGAUUCGGAAGAGGAUGAGCUUCUUCCGGCAGCUGGAUGUCCUAACGGAAACGGACUGCCGCCAGACCGGUGCCUUCGCGCCAGUGCCCCAGCUCCUCUCACAGAAGAAGCUGGCCUACUGGAGUAAAGUGGCUCCUUCACAGAUUCAUGAUGGCAAAAAGCUGGACGACAGGUCAUUGUCUCCAGAGGGCAGAGCACGCUCUUCUCAUCGGCGAUUCAGACCAGUGGCUGACCCAACCAACUCCAUUGGCCCAACCAGCAUUCCCUUGUCGGGCUUCACAGCCUCCUUCUCUUCUCCCAGCCUGGAGUCAACUCAUGAGGGCUGGGCCGUGGAAGACCUGGAAAUGGAACGGCCAAAGCUGCGAGGGAUCAGGACGCCGCUACACGCGGGCCGAUCAGCGCCGCAAAGCAGAGAGGGAGUCGGAGUCGAGAUUUUCAGGGGGAGAAGGGCAUCCACUGACGGCGACGUGGAAACCCAGGAGCCUGAGCGAUGGGCUUUGAAGUCCUCGCUUCGGCCAGCUGCCAAGACUUGGCAGGCCGGCGAUCCGAAAUUCGCUGAAGUUGAGAAGCCUCCCAGAAUUGGCUUGAUUCGCCAAGCCAGCCAGAUGUCCACUCCAGGGGAAGAUCAAUCGACAGCAUCACUCCUGAUGCAGUCUCCCCCUGAUAUGAGUCGUCUGCGAAUGGGCAGUGGACAAAGCGGCGGCAGUGUGAUGAUUGUGACCACUCCCGUCAACCGAACGAACAGUGUUUCCAUGGAUCGAUCCAGCAGCUGCCAGCACUCCCAGGAUCCUGACACUCUUCUAUCGGCUGUGGAGAGACUUCAUCAGGAGGCCGUGGCUAUGCAGGACUUCCGUCCACCCAGCUGGUCGGUACUUCGCCGUCAUCCAGAUUCUCUCAUCGAGAAUGGCCAGGCCAUGCUCGAGGAGCAAGAGGCCCUGCAUGAGAGGUCCAAGCUGUACAAGCUGAUGCAGCAAGAAGGCCUUUACUCACCGAUGCGUCAUCACGUUGCUGAAAACGUUCGCUCCCGACUUAAGGAGGAGAGUGACAAGGUGGCUGCUGAGGGGCUGGAGAUGCAGCACAAAUGUACAAAUAUCCGGAAGAAUCUUGGUCAGAUGAUGAAUGCGAGGAGAGACCUUGCUUCUCUGCGGCGUGCCAUUGUUGGCAGAAACAUCGAUCCAGAUGAGCAGCUGAAAUCCGGCUUGCUGUUGAUGGGUUGA